AUGUCAAAUGACAAGAGUAUGCAGAGUGUAAAAGAUAAGGAAAGUGAGGAAAAGGAGCAGCAACAAUCUCAGCGAUUUAUAGAGGAAACGGAAGGUGGAAGCUCAAGUACAGUGACUGGCGAAGAUAAAUCUGAAGGGCAGCAUAGGAGUAUGUUCGGGAAGAGUUUACAGGAUUCCUUAUCGAACUUCGUUGAAGACACUUUUUUGGAAGAUGAUGUUUUGGCAACUGAGCAUGCUUCAAGCAAACAAAGAACGAAGGAUAUUACAUUCGAUAUAAAUGAACUAAAAAAAGAAAAAGUUCGACUGGAGCACGUUUUAUUUCUAACAAACGAAGAAUUGGAUGCAGUUCGAAAUAAACUGUGCCGAGUUAGUGAAGCGGAGAAUGUACUGAAAAAGGAAAAUGAGGAAUUACUGAGGGAUAGAAGCCAACGGAUGGCCGCCAUGCGAGAAUUGGAAGCUGAACGUGACCGUAUAUUACUUGCAAAGAAUGAGUGUGAGCAAAAAGCUGAAAUGUUGUUUCGUCAAAGAGAGGAUUAUGAAGGAAAAAUUAAUCGCUUAAAUCAUGAUAAGUCACUUAUUACAAGCGAUUUGCAAGUGCAGAAAAACGAAGUGAAGAAAUUAAUAGAAAAGAAUGUUUUGCUAGAUACUAAACUUGAUGAAUAUGCCAAACAAAAGCGAGUAAUUGAGUAUGAAAAAGAGCGUUGGGCUCAAGAAAAAGAAAUAUAUUUGCAUAACAAAGAUUGGUUUAUGAAUGAAAUUAAGGAGCGUGAUCGGAAAUUUGCUGUUUUAAGAAUUGAAAUGGUCCGAUAUACUGGAGAACUGCAAGCAGAAAUAGCAUCUAUUACGGACAAGUACGAAUCUGCAAUGAGUGAUGUUAAGAAACUUACAGCAACACUUGCUGAUCGGAACAAGGAAAUACCGAGAUUGAAUGAUCGCAUUAAAGAGAUCUUAGAAGACAAUGCACAAAAGCUGAAUAAAUUGGAAGAAGAAUUGCUAGCAAGUGAACGACUGUGUUCUGUUUACAAAGAGGCCGGUGAUGACGCAGAAAAUAACUUACGGCAACUUAAUGAAGAUUUUGAAAAUCGUGGAAGAUUGCUUGAGGAAUCCAAAAAGACUUAUGAAUCACUGUGCGCUCAGUUUGAAGAAAAGCAAGCGACUUUUGCCAAAGAAAUCGUUCAAAAAGAUAAAAAAAUUGAAGAGUUAUUGGACGAAUUGCAGAAAGCCAACGAUUUAUUGAAAUCUAGACAUCGUGUAACAUUAACGGAUGACGAAAUCAUGGAGCUGUCUCCGGCAGCUGCUGCAGCGUCAUCCUUGAUUCGUAGUGGUGUUUCAUUGACGAGUAUUUAUCGAGAACAUUGUCGUGUGGUUGCGGAAUUAGAAGAGGCAAAAGCGGAAAACAAACGUAUCGAAAAUUAUUUCCAUGAAUUAGUUGAGGAUAUUGAGGCCAAAGCACCACUGCUUGCGCAGCAACGUAUAGAAUAUGAAAAGAUGUCGGAUUUAUGCAACAAUUUGCAAGAACAGUUGCAAUCAGCAGAACAAGAGCGGCUGAAGCUUGAAAAUGCUCGUGAUGCUGCUACACGUGAAUUGACAUACACUCGAGCUGAACUUGAGCGAUAUCAGCGUGAUGUGGAAGAUUUGAAUAGACAGGUUCGCCACUUGCUGCAUGCAGCCGAAGUUGAGAGGGCGCGUAACACGGAUUCGCCGCCAAUGAACGAUGAAGACCGCAAUAUGCUAUGGAAUUCAAUUGGUGAAAUGCAGAAAGUAAACCAAAAAUUGAUGUCAGAUUUACGCUCAGCAAACGCUAACCAUGAUCGCGCGGUAGAGGAAGCUAAAAGUGAAGAAAUUAAUCGACUUACCGAUGCUUUGAAUGAUGCUAUCAAGAAGCUAGAUUUUCUUAAAGAUGAAAAUUCAAAACAGAAUAUGGUGAUUGAAGAAUUAGAAAAACAACGUGAUAUAUAUAAGAAAGUUGGUAACGAAAGAAAAACUUUAGAAGAGUCUCACACUCUGACCAAACGAAUGCAAGAAAUCGAUUCUGAGAAUGCGCUAUUGCGAGUGCAUUUGGAACGGGCUGAGAAGAGCUUAGAUUUAUUUCGUGAGGAAAAACAUCAUUCCGAUGAACUUCUGCAAGCACGAAUUGAUCAGCAGUUUGCUUUGAUUGCUGAAUUGCGCAAAACAAACGGGAAAUUGGAAGCCGAUAUAGAAGUACAGAGGCAGACACAAUUGAUGCUUACAAAACAGUCAGAAAAUGAUUCAAACGAAUUGAGUUUGGUUCGUGAGAAGCAUAUCAAAAUGGAUAACAACUAUAAGAUGGCCGAUGAACGAUGCAGGAAGUUGCAGGAAGAGCUCAUGGAAACGAAGGGAGAAGUUGCCAAAUAUAAGACUGACGUAGAAGCUCUUAUGGAACAAGUAUCACUUUUGCGAUGCACAAAAGCACGAUUACAGCAGGAACUACACAUUCUGCGAGAAUCAAAUUAUAGCAACGAAAAAAUGUCGUAUACGUUGAAGCAAUUGGAGAGUCGUCUACAACAUAACGAUGAAGAAAAAGUGAAGAUUCUCGAUGAUCAACUGAAACUUGCCAAAAAUGAAAAUGAGUCUUUGAAAAAGUUUGUUAGCGAAAUUUCGGAACAACAUCGUUUGAUCAGUUUGGACUUAAAGAUGACAACGAAUAAAAUCCAAACGGAACGUGACCAGGCAUUGGCGAGCAAGAAAUCAGCAGAAGAACGAUUGACUUGGAAAGAUAAAGAAUUAAGUGAAUUACAAACAAAAUAUGAUGAUUUGAUGAAUCAGCUAAAAGCGCCAGAUGCGUCUCUCGAAUCUACUGAUGGCGGUUGUAAAAAAGAGGCGCAACAGCUUCGAAAUCGUAACAGUUAUUUGGAAAAUCAACUGAAGGACAUGUCCCACAAGCUAGAAGCAAGCGAAAAAAUGCUGGCUAUACGUGAACGAGAACUUGGUGAAAUUAGCAAAUUGAGUAAUAAUAUGGAAACAACAUUACUGGAGCAGGGAGCAAGCGCUAUUGCGGAGCGAAAUAGUCUGCUAGCAAUGUUGGAUUUGGUAAAAGGACAAUUGGCUGAAAGUGUGAGAGCAGUGGAAAAUCAACGUGCAGAAAUUGCUCAGUUGGAGCAAAGAUUACAAGAAGGGGCCACUAAAAGAGAGCAGUUGGAGAUGGAAAAAAUGAAAGAAUAUCAGGGAUUGGAAAAGCGAUGCAGUAUUUUAGAUAUAGAGAAAGCUAACGCUGAAGCUCGUAUACGUGAGCUGGAAUUAGAAAAUGCGAAAAUUGCUGCUGCAAAAGUUUCGUUUGACGAAGAAAGAAGUCGAAUGAAAGAAGACAUCAGCAAACUGGAACAAGCACUUCAUGUCAGAGAGACAGAACUUAUGAAUUUGAAAAAUACUACAGUUGAACUUGAGCAAAAAUCCGAAGAUAUAAGGCGAAGCUGUUCAUCGGAAGUGGCUGCCCUUCGUGUUGAAAAAAAUCGAUUAGAAGAAGAACUUAAUUUAGCUAAUAAAUUAAAUGAGGAGCAAAAGCAGAAGCUGGAAGAAUUGGGUGAUAAUUUAAUAAAGGUAACGGAACGUAUGACUAUUUUGGAACGUUCUGGAAGUAUUUCUACUUCUAGUGAAGAUAUUGCCGCACCUGCUGGUUCGAAAUCAGCUGUUGCAUUGUACGAAGUCAUCAAAUAUUUACAAGGAGAAAAUCGACAAGCUAUGGAGCGAAUGAUGAAUGCUGAACUACAAUGGAAGCGUUUGCAAGUUCAACAAGCGACGGCUGACGAAUACCGGCUAAAAUUGGAAGAAGAAAUUCAAAAACUUCGGGCAGAAGCUGAAGUACAUGUUCGUUCAAUUGCAGAAAAAAGCGAAAUGGUAGCACGAUUGACGUUAAUGGAAGACAUGCAAAAGGAAAAUCAGAACUUGAAGCUGCAGAACGAAAAAUUGAUCCGUCGCAGUGAGGAGCUGUCAAAAAAUGUAAAUGAUUUGCAAGUACGUAUUGCUAAUUUAAGCGCAGAAAAAGUUACUGAAAAGGGACGAUUGCACAAUGUCAAUGCAGAUUUGCAAACCUGCCGAAAAGAACUGGAAUCUUGGAAAGAAAGGCAUAACCAAGCUCUGAUUUCUUUGGGAAAAUUUGGACCCGAAAGAGUAGUUGCUUUAAAUAACGAAGUUGAAUCACUAAAACGCAGACUAAGCAUGAUAACAACUGAACGUGAUCUACUGAAAAAAGAGAUAGAAAAAUCUGUUCAAGAAUCAACAUCUAAGGAAACUCUAAUGGAUGUUCAGAAGAAAUUUGAUGAGAGUGAAUCAGAACGACUAAAACUAUCAGCAAGAUUUGAGCAAGCUAGAUUACUUGCACGUCGAUACAGGAUGAAAUCUCAAACGUUGGAAAAAGACGUUGAAGGUUUGAAAGCGAUGUUGGCUGAGAAAUCAAUAGUAGAAGAGGAAAAUACCACUGAAACUGCAAAAUUAAAGCAAGAAUUGCUUACAUUACGCGCUGAGAUUGAAAAGCAGAAGCAGCAGAAAGUGAUACCUCGAACUGGUUGGCCAAUUGAUGUGGGAACUAGCGGUGCACAACCAACGAAAGCAAGCGCAAUCCUUCAAACACAACUGAAACAAUUAGAAGGACUCAAUCAGCAAAAUAAGGAUUUGUCCAAGCAAUUGGAAGAGUCUGCUGAAAGGUAUAAGGUAGCGCAGGCAAAACUGAGCGAGGCUGAAGCGAAAUUUCGAGAAUUGAAAACAGAAAGUGAUACAAAAGAGGAGCUACGUUUUCGAUUAAAUUCGAUCACAAGUAUGUUAACCAAGAAAGAGCAAGAAGUAGCUCGACUGAGAGAAGAACUUGAAACAGCUAAACAAUCGGACGAAGCCUAUCAAGGGAAAAUAAAACUACUGGAGGCUGCAUUGGACACAUGUCGUAAAGAAGUCAGCAAUCGUCCUGGUUUUUUCGGCUCGGGAUUUGUUAAACCCGUCAGUUCCUCCACAUCUGUGAUUUCUCAGAGUCAAAGCCCUCCUAUUGCUGCGCUCCUCGUUACCAGUGCAGCUGGAAUGGAUUUUCCUCCUUUGUCCAAAGAAGAAACACCAACUACUUCGCGCUCACCACUUGUUAAACCUGCUGCAACGAUAGAUGCUACGCAGAUUGAGAAAUAUGAAGAUACGAAACAGGAAGUAACAGUAGUUGGAAGCAUUGAGGAACAAGAAGCAUAUCGAAGUACACCUGUGUCAACCACUAGCGAACAAAGUAACACAGUGAGCCAGUCCUCUUCUGGUGAUAUUAUGCAAGUACGAUUGCAACAGCAUAAUGAAUUUGACGCAAUAUUCUUUGUAGUUACUUCUGGAAAUGGUGAUGGAGCGAAUAUCAUCACAAGCAGUGUAGCAAGUGGUGAGGUGCCAAUUACAAUACAAGGAGUCAUGCCGCAGAUAGGACCACAGUCGAUUUCGAUGACCCGCAAUGAAAAUGAAUCGUCAAGAAAGCGAGCAUGCAUACCGUCAAGCGAUCAAAUUGAAACUGGAUCGGAUGUUUUGGAACCUCGAAAGCGUUAUCGAGGAAGUCCUAUGGGUCAGGUCUCCACAAGUGGUCGUUUCAUGAAGGGAAUUGAAUCACGAGUUGACAUCGAGCAGCAUGGUACAGAUGAAGCUGAACACGAACAGCAAGAAAGUGGCGAUCGAUCAGACGGCAUGAAAACAAAUGAAGCAGAGAAAAAUACUAAAUCGGCGAUUGAAGUCGAGGAAGUGAGUGCGGAUAUCAGUUACGAAAUGGUUGGUGAAGGAGUAGCACAAGAAGAAAAGCAUGAUGAGGAUGAACAAAUUGAGGACAAUGAUCAAAAUAUUGUAAUGGGUGAAGAUAUUAGACGGGAAGCCUCAGCAGAUGAAGAUAAUCUUAGUGAUGAAGAGGGUGAUGAAAUGUUAGAAGAGAUGGAGGAUGAGGAAUUUGAUGAAGAGGAGCCGGAUGAAGAGGGUGAAUUCGAAUUGCCUCCUCAUUAUAGGAGAUCUGAUUACUGUGCUGCCCGAGAAUCAGGAAAUAAUGGUGAUGAGGAUGACGGUGUUAUUUUGAUCGAUGAUGAUGAUGAUGGUGAAGUAGAGCAUUCACGCUCUCCAGCAGAUCUUUCUACGGAUGAAGCACAUGGUGAGGAUCGUAAACGUUCAAUUAUUGUUGACGGUGAUGUGGAAACGAGUACUGCUGAAGCUCGUGAACGGCAAAACAUUCAAGGCGAAUCCACUCGACGCAUGGAACUCAGAUUGGAAGCUGCUGCAGGACAGUCCGGUGCUAUCUUGCAUAUGGAUUCAUCAACAUCACAGGUUUUUAGUGCAGAUCAUAUGGAUGAAAGUGAUACAAGUCGCUCUGAACACUGUAAUUCGGAGGCUCUUUAUUUACCAUCUGCAGAACUUGAUUUACGACCCCAUUCAGUGGAUAUGGCUUUGCAAGAAGGUGGUGAUGAAACAAAUAAUCCUGUUCAUUUAGUUGUUUCCGGUUCAGAAUUGCAUGUGGUACGUGAUUCACCGCCGCUUAUCGAAAACAUUGAAUCUGAUAGUCGUGGCGCAUCCAGUACAGUUGCUCCGAUAACAGGUACAGACGUUGAUAGUGGUGAGAGUGAACAUGCACUGAUGAUUGAAGAAGGUGGGAAUGAUGUGGCUGAAGAGGAGCAAGUAGACAGGCACGCUACACAGACAGACGAUGAAGCAGCAUCUUCGGGACCAAGUACAUCGGACGCGUCAGCAACGAGACGUAUUAGAAUACGAUACCCUGAUAUAACGGAACCCACUUCAAGCAGCAGCGAUGCAACUCAUCAAACGUCUGUGCAACGUGGGGGACGUGCCACGCUGUCACGUGGACGUGGAUAUCGUAUGUAA